GUGCUGAUUUGCCAUGUACAAUUCUGUGUAUUUGUUUGAUGACAAUUCUGAUGAAGAAAUCCCUACCCAACGAGCUAUUCAGGAAAGCCUACAAGAGAGGCACAAAACUGAAACAAGUGGCUGUGCAACAGAGGCUGAAAGUUUCCAGUCUACUGCAAGUAAAGAACGUGGAGAGAUAAUUGCAGCAAUUCAGACAGGCCAAGAAGAGGCCUUGAAGAAGCUGGUGAAGCACAGCUGUGCCUUUGAAGAAGCAGAUCAGCAGGGCUGGCUUCCUGUGCAUGAAGCUGCAGCACAGCCAAAUAAGAACAUCCUUGAAAUAACCAUGAAAGCCUCCCGGGCCCACACGUGGGAACAGAGCACCCUGAAAGGGGAAACACCUCUGCUGGUGGCAGUGAGGAAGUGCUUUGUGGGCAAUGUCUGCUUGCUCCUCAUCAAUGGCUGCAAUCCCAACGUCAAGAAUGAAGAGGGAGAUUCUCCUUUAGUUAUAGCAAUUAAACAGAAUUCCUACGAGAUUGCCUCCUUGUUGAUAAGAUCUGGAGCCAAAGUGGAUUUGCAGUGUGUCCACAAGAGAACUGCUCUACAUGAGGCAGCCAGGCUGGGCAGGAAGGAUCUGGUAGAGCUCCUCCUUCAUUCCGGAGCAGAUCCUGACCCUCGCAGUGGAUAUGGGCUCACACCUCUAGCACUGGCUGCACAGAUGGGACACACAGAGAUUAUGGAGCUCUUAUUGCAAAAAGGUGCAGAUGUUCUUUCACAGGCAAUGGAUUGUGCUUCUGUAUUAUUUGAAGCAGCAGGAGGAGGAAAUCCAGAUUCUGUGAGUCUUUUACUAGAAUAUGGGGCUGAUGCCAAUGUACCAAAGCACUCGGGUCAUUUGCCAAUCCACAGAGCUGCAUAUAGAGGACACUUUCUAGCCCUAAAAUAUUUAGUUCCAGUUACUGAUUUUGCUGCCAUUAAAGAAAGCGGGAUAAGUCCAGUUCACUCAGCAGCAGCAGGAGCACAUCCACAGUGCCUCGAGUUUCUCCUCAACUCUGGGUUUGAUGCCAAUUUUAUGCUGGAUCAGCGGGUUCGCAAAGGCUACGAUGACCACCGCAAAUCAGCGCUGUAUUUUGCUGUGUCCAACGGGGAUCUCUGCUCCACGCGGCUGCUGCUGAACGCCGGAGCCCUGACCAACCAGGAUCCCAUCAACUGCCUGCAAAUCGCCCUGAGAAUGGGCAAUUACGAGCUAAUGAACCUGCUGCUCCGCCACGGGGCCAACGUGAAUUACUUCUGCAGAGUGAACACCACGCACUUCCCCUCGGCGCUGCAGUACGCCCUGAAGGACGAGGUCAUGCUGAGGAUGCUGCUCAACUACGGGUACAACGUGCAGCGCUGCUUCGACUGCCCCGGCGGGGACCACUGCCACUCGCAGUACGUCACUGACGGCUGGACCUCCACUGUCAUCAAAGACACGAUGUUCUGUGAAGUGAUAACCUUGUCGUGGCUGAAGCACGUGUCUGGGAAAGUAGUGCGAGUGAUGUUAGACUACGUCGAUCACGUCAAGAUCUGCUGGAAGCUCGAAGCAGUUCUCAAAGAACAGAAACUCUGGCCAGACAUCAAUUUCAUUUUAACAAACCCUCGCUCUCUGAAGCAUCUCUGUCGCCUGAAGAUCCGGGAGUGCAUGGGCCGGCUGCGUCUCCGCUGUCCUGUCUUCAUGACCUUCCUUCCACUGCCAAAGUGCCUGAAAGACUACAUACUGUACAAGGAAUAUGACCUUUAUGGACAGGAAAACUUCACAGGAAUCUACAACCUCAACUGUACAUAA